AAAAGAUUUGUUUGUUUUGUCUUCUCAAACCUUCCUCGCCGUUUUUCUCGUGUCCAACCCUCUCCACCCACCACCAAGUCUUCCAUGGCUCCUCCGUCCCCACGGCGCUCCGCGCUCUGCUGAGCUCCACCUCCUCCCACCCCUAAAGCCCUAAUUUCAGAUACCCAUUUACCUAUACAUUCUCAGAGAUGACGGAGAACCACUCCUUCUCCUCCUACCCGGAUUCCGGCAACUCCUCGCCCCGCUCCCGCGAGGUCGACUGCGAGAACUCCUCCUGGGACGAGCAGCAGCAGCAGCAGCCGCCGCCGCAACUGCCACAGAGCAACAGCUACCGGGUCCGUUUCAUGUGCAGCUAUGGCGGCAAAAUCCACCCCCGUCCCCAUGAUAACCAGCUCGCCUACGUCGGCGGCGACACGAAGAUCCUCGGCGUCGACCGGAACAUCAAAUUCUCUGCCCUCAUGGCGAAGCUUUCCGCCCUCUGCGACUCCCCAGAGGUCUGCCUCAAGUACCAGCUCCCCGGCGAGGAUCUGGACGCUCUGAUUUCCGUCACCAAUGACGAGGACUUGGAGCACAUGAUGAUCGAGUACGACCGCCUCCACAAGACGGCCCCAAAGCCCGCUCGCCUGAGGCUCUUCCUGUUUCCUUUGAGCCCCCAGAGCGUUUCGAGCCUCGGGAACAAUGACGUCAAGUCGGAGGGCGAGAGGCAGCAGUGGUUAGUCGACGCGUUGAAUUCCGCCCAGCUUCAGAGCCUCGAUGACUCCUCGCCGCCGGCCGCCACGCCGCCUCCGCCGGCACUGAAUCCGGACUUCCUGUUCGGCCUGGAUAAGGGACUUCCGGCGGUGCAAGCCGCUCCGGCGACUGUCGAGGUCAGCAGGAGGGACGUCUCGGCCGGAUCCGACUGCGGAUCGGAAGACCGGCAUGCAAUCGGAGAUACAAUGUUGUCUCAGGCGGAGAUCCAGCGGCAGAUCCAGGAAUUGCAGAGGAUGCAAAUAGCUAACCCCGCGCUGCAGAGGAGAGUGGACGAGGCGAACGCCAGGGUCCUCGCCGGGGACCCAUAUGGACAGCAGGUGGCAGAGAAGGUUGCUCCAGCAUCUCAGGCGCCGGUUCCUGUCUCGAUGCCUGUGCAGAUCCCUGCCGGGUACAUGCCUGAACGGCACUUGAACAGUGGGAGCUAUGCAGUGUCUGGAACAGGAAACGACCAGGCCGUUUACUACAUUCCGGCCCCAGUCGGCGGAUACCUGGGUCCGACGUCUUACCAGCCUGUAUCAGGACAGGUUGGUCAGGCAUUGUAUGGAGUUCAACGGGUGGUACCGGAUGUCUACAGGGAGCAUGGCAUGUACGGCACAAUGCCGCAACAAGGUGCCAUGCAGCAGCAGCUGAAGGGGGCGCCGUGCGCCACGGAAGGGAUCCAAGUCCAGCAAUCGAAGCUCACAAUGGCAGAGCCAGGAUUCACACAGGUGGCCUAUGACAGUUCGGGGCGGCAAGUUUACUACACGACGGCUGCUGGAGGGGCGGCGCCGGCGUAUCAGGCGGCAGCAGCAGUGGCUGUGGAUGGCAGGCAAGGUGGCGGAGUGCCGAAUCAAGAGGCGGGUAAGUAGCACCACCGGCGGCAGCCGCCAAGGCUCCUCCUCAAGCUUCGGCGGUCUGAUUGUCAUGUGGUAUAUUUGUUUACUUUUUAUGGUAAAAAUAAUGGGUAAGAAAAUGGUUUUUAAGUACUUAUCAUAGGUUAUGGUGAAUAUGUGGGCUCGACAUGUUAAUCUCUUUUUUUUUUGUGUAUUUAACUUUAAUUUUCCCGCUUUCGUAUUUUUUAACGUUCCGUUGACUCUGUUCAUGUUGGGGGGUGAUUCUUAUUUUUAUCAAAUUCUGGUCGACUGAGAAAAUUGAUAGAAAUUGACAGUCUGGGGAGUGAAUGAUAGUUACCUUAAAUUGAA